AGUUGAAAAAUUGGAAAUCAUAACCAACUGCUCACUUCACUCAGACCAAAAAAAGCUUUUUAACGGCCCCCUUUCUUUCGACCUUUUUUCUUUUAGUUGCUCCUCUUCUUUCAACUACACCUUUUUUGGUUUUGCCUUUCUAUCACGACGUUACAUAUUACAUGGUAUCUUUUAUAAACUGUGUCAUCUUUUAUAUAUAAUAAGUAAAAUAUUGGUUCCAAUUUAAACAGAAGAGAAGAUGAUUGGUGAUAAAGUGAGGAUAGUAGUGAGGGAAUUCGAGUGCAAGAAAGAUUGUAGGGAAGUGGAAGAGGUAGAGAGAAGAUGUGAAGUUGGGCCCACCGGCAAACUCUCCCUUUUCACUGACCUUUUAGGUGACCCUAUUUGCAGAGUUCGCCAUUCUCCUGCCUUUCUCAUGCUGGUAGCAGAGAAUGUUGGAGAAGAAAAAAGAGAAAUAGUAGGGAUGAUAAGGGGCUGUAUCAAAACCGUUACAUGUGGAAAGAGACUCCCCAGGAACAAUCACGAUUGCACCAAACUACACCUCCCUGUUUUCACUAAUAUUGCCUAUAUUUUAGGCCUUCGUGUCUCUCCUUUUCACCGGAGAAAGGGCAUUGGGUUGAAAUUGGUGCGCAAGAUGGAGGAAUGGUUCAGGGAAAAUGGUGCUGAAUAUUCAUACAUAGCUACUGAAAACGAUAACCAUGCUUCUGUAAAACUCUUCACGCACAAAUGUGGCUACACCAAGUUCCGUACCCCAUCCAUUCUAGUGCAGCCAGUUUUUGCACACAAAGUCAAGAUAUCAAGAAAUGUCGCUAUAAUUAAGCUCAGCCCAUUUGAAGCCGAAACUCUAUAUCGCCAUAAAUUCUCCACCACAGAAUUUUUCCCUAAAGACAUUGAUUCAAUCCUCAACAAUAAACUCAAUUUGGCUACUUUUCUAGCAAUUCCAAAGGGUAACUUUUCAUGUUGGAAUGGUGUGAAUGAGUUUUUAACGAGUCAGCCCGAGUCAUGGGCUGUACUCAGUGUGUGGAACUGUAAGGACGUGUUCAAACUCGAGGUACGAGGCGCAUCCAGGAUUACAAGGUCUUUAGCUAAGACGAGUCGUUUAAUGGACCGGGCUUUUCCAUGGCUUAAGGUUCCGUCAGUGCCGGAAGUUUUCAGGCCUUUUGGGCUUCAUUUUUUAUAUGGGCUUGGUGGUGAAGGCCCAUUAGCUGUAAAGCUAAUCAAGGCCCUUUGUGAUUUUGCUCAUAAUUUAGCUGGAGAAUCACGGUGUGGGGUGGUGGUGACAGAAGUAGCAAGUUGCGAACCGCUUAAGUUAGGAAUUCCUCACUGGAAAAAACUAUCUUGCGCCGAGGACUUAUGGUGCAUAAAAAGAUUAGGGGAAGACUAUAGUGACGGGUCUGUGGGUGACUGGACUAAAUCAAAGCCUGGUCUUUCUAUUUUUGUUGAUCCCAGGGAAUUUUAACUUUUAAUUGACAAUAUCUUGUGUUUUAGAUUAGGGAAUCUAAUUUAGAUGUCAAUUUUUCCUUUUUGUAUUUUUCUGGAUUAUAACUUUAUAUAAUUGUAGAAUUAGAGGAGAAUAAGGAAUAUAGUUGUACAACUCUUUUUGAUUGUUGAUGUAAAGGGGGAACUGAAAUAUCCCUUUUGUUUUAUGUAAAUGGAUUAAGUAUGUGACCUU